GUGGGAGUGUUGGUGCAAUAUCAUGUCUAGUGGGAGUGGUGGUGCAGUACCAUGUCUAGAUACGAGCGUUUAGUCAGGAAGGGGCUGUCAAAAUUCUGGUGGAGAUAGUUAUUUCCACAAGAUUAUCAUCAGUAGAACCAGGCAGAUUUUGACAUAGUUUAAUGAAUUUCUGAGAUCGGGGCAAAGUAUUUGUGUGAACGAGUGAGAUAAACCUGAGGUAAUCAGCAUUGCACAAUAAGUGUUUGAGACCCCCUUGGCUGAAGAAAGUAGCCGGCCUCUUUUUUCUUAAUUUCAAUUUCUUCUAACUUAUCUGCUGUCAAGUUGUGACCUUUCAUGACAAGGUAGUCUACGGAUUGUUUUGACAAUAAUUAAGCAAAGAAAGAAAAAAAAAACAGACAUUAUUUACCGGUGUCUAGAAUUUCUGUCUGAUUAAUCAUUUUUUUAAACAAUUUGUGAUUUCUGAUUCUCGAUUAGACUUUCUGACUGAUUUUUAGUUGUAUAAAAAUGUGUUGUUUCUGCUACUAAACUAUAAUUUCUGUCUGAUUUAUCAUUUCAUUACAAUUUGUGGUUUCUGAUGCUAAAAGAUUUGGCUUUUCGUAAAGAAGUUGAUCAAUUUAAAAGAUGGGCAGGCGGUGUCCUGGAGACGUUUUAUUUCUUCAAAUCCCCCAAAAAAACCUCUUAGUGUGUUCGUCCUUCAUUAUUCUCUUUUGGUUUCAAGGACUGGUAGAUAGCACAGCGUCAUCGUCGCGUGUCAGUGUCAGAGAUCGGAAUUCGGAUAAAACAUUCACACCUCAAGUGGUUAAGACAUGCACACCUCAAGUGGCUAAAACAUGCACACCUCAAGUGGUUAAGACAUUCACACCUCAAAUGGUUAAGACAUUCACGCUUCAAGUGGUUAAGACAUGCACACCUCAAGUGGUUAAGACAUUCAGACCUCAAGUGGUUAAGACACGCACACUUCAAGUGGUUAAGACACGCACACCUCAAGUGGUUAAGACAUACACAAAUCAAGUACUUGAAACAUGCACGCCUCCAGUGGUUAAGACAUGCACGCCUCACGUGGAUUAAGACAUGCACACCUCAAGUGGUUCAUACAUCCACACGUCAAGUGGUUAAGACAUGCACACCUCAAGUGGUUAAGACAUGCACACCUAAAGUAAUUGAGACAUGCACACCAUAAAUAGUUGAGACAUGAACACCUCAAGUGGUUAAGUAGAACACAACUCAAGUACCUCAAGUAUUUGAAACAUGCACGCCUCCAGUGGUUAAGACAUGCACACCUCAAGUGGUUAAGACAUGCACACCUCAAGUGGUUCAGACAUGCACACCUCAAGUGGUUAAGACACACACACCUCAAGUGUUUGGGAUGCGUUAAUGUAAAGUAGGCUAUAUAUUCUCAAAGUGGUAUGUUAUACAGUACAAUUAAGCAUUAGAAAUGUGGCGUUGGAAUAGCGUCAAGGAGUAAGGUUUAGGGUUUGUGAAUGGUGUUUAACCAUUCCAUUGUUAUUUCUUUUAAACACGACAGCAUCAUUCCAAAUCUUCUGAUUGAUAAUUCCUGGUGGUCACCCGGGCACUUCUACGAAUUCGUAGCAAACCUAAUGUGUAUAUGUGUGUGUGUGUGGGGGGGGGGGGGUUCCGGAAAUCGGAAUUUUCCAUGUUUUUUUGUUACUCCUUUGUGAUGUUAUUUACUGGGUUUUUAGUUUUUUUUAUGAUUAAUUAUAAUGUAUGUCUCACAAGUCAAAUCCUCGCUGGGUGCGUGUGAUUUUAAAGGGAUAGGUUAAUUUUGACGAAUGUUCACUUGGAGGUCGUGGGGGUUCCGGAAAUCGGAAUAUUCCAUGUUAUUUUGUUACUCCUAUGUGAUGUUACUUACUGGGUCUAUAGUUUUUUUUAGUUAUGCCUAUGUCAUGUUGCAUACUGGUUCGAUAGUUUUUGUUACGCCUGUGUCAUGUUACAUACUGGGUCAAAGGUUUUGUUACGCCUAUGUCAUGUUACAUCCUGGGUUUAUCACGUUUCUGAACACGUUAUGACUUAAACUAACACUAGAACGUGGAAAUGACUUGAAAUAACCUCCAACUAAACUGUUGUUUGAUGAAUGAUGACAUGGGUAAAUACAAGACGCAAUGGGUUGUAAUCCUAUUAUGGUGGUCUUUCUUUCCAUAACACCGCUAAUGUAUUGGCUUCUAUUGUAUUUACUUGCUCUUUUUUGUUGACAUGACCCAUGGACGUUUGCAGACAACCUGCACGGGAAAAAAAUGUUAACAAAUCGGAUUAACUACAUUUUCAUUAUUUUUCCACUUUUAAAAUUUAUUUUGUUUUUGAAAUGUCUGUAAAUAAAUCAAAUUCAUUUUAGUGACAAAUGCAAUUACAUUUUAUAAACUUAUUGUUAAUAGCCUACAUGUUACGGGAUUUGGCCAUUUUUUGGUAACUUGGCUUCUUUUAAUAAAGAAUGACCCACAUCCGGCAUUGGUUGAAACGGAAUUAGGACAUGGGAGGGGAAAUAAUCGAUCACGUCUUUCAAUAUAGGGCAAUUCAAGUCAUGAAGUUCAAGUCAUGAAAUACAAGUCAUAAGUCUAAGGGGGUCACAGUCGAAUCAAUGAUAUCAUUUCCCCAUCAUUGGGAUACCAAGAUAAUAUUUCUUCACUACAGUCAUCGCUUGCUAUCGUUGAGGAGCCAUGCCAUAAAUCUGCUGUGUAUCUUCUAUUGACCCUCCAACUACGACAAUGUUCUAGGAUCUGACUAUUCUAUAACACGACGGUGUAUUUUGAACAAAAUGGAAGCAAGAUUACACUUGAACAUUCUGUCUGAGACGAUGGGGUUGAGAGUUUAAUGACUUUCCCAUAAGGGUAACCCAUGAAAUACUAAUAGAGACAGGAAUAAACAUAAACCCUGCACAAUUAUUACAUAACGUACCCUUAAAAUGAUUAUAUAACAUACCCUGUGCAAUGAUUACAUAAAAUAGCCUAAACAAUUAUUUUACAACAUACCCUGUGCAAUGAUUCGAUAACAUACAAUGAUGGCAUGAUCUUAUGUUUAUGUUUUCCUCUUUUAAAGAAGUUCGCGUGCUUCACCGCGUGCGACCUCGGUCAUGCCAAUCAAUAUUAGAACAAGAGGGUUGGGGGGGGGGGGGUUCAUGGGGGGGGGGGGUUCAUGUGCUGUUGCGUGCGGCCAGAGAUAAGAGAAUCCCAGGACAAGAAGAAAUAUUUCAUUGGAGUGAAAAGGUUGGUGUUAACAGGAUACCGGCAGCUUAGCGGAGUCGUUCACUUAACCGACUCUUGUUAUAGGAGUUUGAUGCCAGGGUAAGACGCCAUCUUGGGACGGAUUUAUAGUGACCAGCAAGUAUAAAUAAUGCAAUAUAUUUUAAUUUUAUUUAAUGUCUUUUUGUUGGUAUUGUGAAUGCCUUGCUUAAAGAUAGAUUUAAAGACGUGUUUAAGACUGGCGGUACAGCCGUGUCCUAGAGCAGCUUUCAGAAACAGGCAAUAAAUCUCAGUAACACAAAUGGGUUUAAUGACAGCAUGUUUUAUAACUGCUGGAAGAUCAACGCUUCUGUGACGGAUGCACAAUGUUACCCAAAGAAUUAGCGUCCUACAUUUCUAAUAUAUUCAUCUACGUCCCCAUUCUGACUGCGAGAAAAUGUCAUAAUCCCUUGCCAUUGAACUUACACUUCUAUAAUAAGGACGUCGAACUGGUUUCCUUGUGUUGGUGGUCCUAACGCGCAUGUUCUUCUCAAGAAGGCAGAUGUUUGAUGGGUAUAUUAUAUUUUACCAUUAUAGUUGUUUUCUUAAUAUUUGCUGAAACUAUAUUUCUAUUAUUAUUAUUAGAAUUUGAAGAUUUUAUUUACACUAAAUGGUUUUUUUAGAAUGCCCCCCCUCCCCCCUUUUUGGGGGUAAAUACAAGCCAAACAAACCAAAGUGAUCAACAUGGUCGUUGAAGUAAUGAUUAUGUGAUUCGUAGAAAUGACAGCAGGAACAGGUUGAAAUUUUGUCAAUUUUGAGUCGGAUAAACGCCAGGUCCAGUACGAUCCAGGGAGACACUUUUACUUCUAGCCUAAUUGCUAAAAUCGACCAAGAGCUCAACUAAAUACGUCAAAUUUGGCUCAUAUUUUGAGUAGCCAUUAUUAGAGUGUAUUGUAUAGAUCACUAUGAUAAGUUCCCCCACUAAUAUUUCAAAAUAUUUGUUUACAUUAUGUCCGAAGUUUGUAGUGGGACUAUAACUUGUGAGUAAGAGUUGAUUUCAAUGGAACCAUAUUAAACUUGGUGCAAUGAUUGUAGCAAUCAUUUUAACAAAGCCACAGUGAGGCUCUCAUUUUGAUUGAGCAAUCAUUUAACCGAAGCCAUAGUGAGGCUCUCAUUUUGAUUGAACAAUCAUUUUACCGAAGCCAUAGUGAGGCUAUCACUUUGAUUGAACAAUCAUUUUACCGAAGCCAUAGUGAGGCUCUCACUUUGAUUGAACAAUCAUUUUACCGAAGCCAUAGUGAGGCUCUCACUUUGAUUGAAAAAUCAUUUUACCGAAGCCAUAGUGAGGCUCUCACUUUGAUUGAACAAUCCUUUUAACGAAGCCAUAUUAUGGCGCCCAAUUUGAUUGAAUGAUAAAAUGACGGGCGUUUCAGCACCCGUUUGGCAACGACUCCAGUUUUUUGUUCAAGUCAUUUCUCUUUGGCGUCACUAAAAUGUAGAACGACGCCUUUUUAUCCUAUCAAGCAACGUGAGGUAAACUUGACUUUGUUAAACGUGUGGUAAACUUGACUUUGUUAAACGUGAGGUAAACUUGACUUUGUUAAACGUGAGGUAAACUUGACUUUGUUAAACGUGAGGUAAAUUUGACUUUGUUAAACGUGAGGUAAACUUGACUUUGUUAAACGUGAGGUAAACUUGACUUUGUUAAACGUGAGGUAAACUUGACUUUGUUAAACGUGAGGUAAACUUGACUUUGUUAAACGUGAGGUAAACUUGACUUUGUUAAACGUGAGGUAAACUUGACUUUGUUAAACGUGAGGUAAACUUGACUUUGUUAAACGUGAGGUAAACUUGACUUUGUUAAACGUGAGGUAAACUUGACUUUGUUUAACGUGAGGUAAACUUGACUUUGUUAAACGUGAGGUAAACUUGACUUUGUUAAACGUGAGGUAAACUUGACUUUGUUAAACGUGAGGUAAACUUGACUUUGUUAAACGUGAGGUAAACUUGACUUUGUUAACUUCUGAAAUGUGUAGUUCUUUUAUUUAAAAACGUGCUGUGUUAAAAUGCCAUGACCCGAAGAAAACUUUCCACAAAAUGAUUCCGUGAAUCCCAUUCAAACCGUGAUCAGAAAUCAAGGACAAUGGAGACCAUGGACGCCUCAACUCUUAACGUGCUUUAUUUUACAAACAAUGAAGAAAGCAGAUUCUCUUGUCCACAUUCAAUUCUGCAAUCUAAAGUUCUUUAUGACUAACUGUAUGACUGACUGUAUGACUGACUGUAUGACUGACUGUAUGACUGACUGUAUGACUGACUGACUGUAUGACUGACUGUAUGACUGACUGUAUGACUGACUGUAUGACUGACUGUAUGACUGACUGUAUGACUGAAUGUCUUCAACUAUUCCUAUGAAACACUGAAAUGAAAGCCCACCGUUUUUGUUUCAUUUCAUUUGAACGACCACACUGUUGGAUUGUAUGCCAAGGAAAAUUAUUGAUGCAUAUAACCAUGGUGAUUGGAAUAUUGGGAUCCCAUGGUCUGAUGUACGUUGAUUUAGCUCUCCUGUCCUGGCUGGCAACUAAACCGGACCAUCAGUUUAGUAGGGCGUGGCACACCGCGUCGUGCCAUCCUUAUCAAGAGAUCAGUUUUUGCUGGGGAAAGUGUGGGGCUGGAGGGGGGGGGGUGGGUCUGGGGGUGGGAAGGGGGAGCUUGGGUCUGGGGGUGGGGGGGGGGUGGGUNACGGACUGAUGUUAACCCUCUUUCUCUUAACUCACGGACUGAUGUUAACCCUCUUUCUCUUAACUCACGGACUGAUGUUAACCCUCUUUCUCUUAACUCACGGACUGAUGUUAACCCUCUUUCUCUUAACUCACGGACUGAUGUUAACCCUCUUUCUCUUAACUCACGGACUGAUGUUAACCCUCUUUCUCUUAACUCACGGACUGAUGUUAACCCUCUUUCUCUUAACUCACGGACUGAUGUUAACCCUCUUUCUCUUAACUCACGGACUGAUGUUAACCCUCUUUCUCUUAACUCACGGACUGAUGUUAACCCUCUUUCUCUUAACUCACGGACUGAUGUUAACCCUCUUUCUCUUAACUCACGGACUGAUAUUAACCCUCUUUCUCUUAACUCACGGACUGAUAAAAUUUGUACAGUACCGCACUUCCUUUUGAUUUCAAAAUAUAUUACCUGCACCCUCAUGUUUAAAAAAUCUUAUUUCUUUUUCUGGGUCAUCAUGACACUGCCUCCGCAGCCCUAGUUAAGAGUUCAUGUCUUAAAUUCAAAUGGACUGUAUUUGUUCAAAUAUUUCUGUUCGGGUCGUUUAUAUCUAAAAUUCAAGGAGUGCUUUUGAGUUGAAAUUAAGUGAACAGUUCUAUUGUUAAGUCUCAAGGGGCCCUUUAACCUCUAAAAUUUGGUGAAUCUUCCAUUUGCCUGUUAGUUCUAAAAAACAAAUAAUAUACAUAUUUUAAAAAAUAAAAUCAGUAGCUAAAACGAAAUUGCGCCCCAUUGAAUACUUUUUUAAAAAAUUUAUAAAGUUAUCCACGAAACAAUAAAUUCUGAUGCUGGAAAAUAAACAUGCUUGGCUAAAUUGUAUUCACUAAUUAGUCACAAUCUGCGAACAUUAUCCCACUAUAUAUUUCGUAUCAGAAAUCUUUUCUGGCUUAAGACUUAAAUUAACCAUUUCGUGUAACUAGACCGUGAGUGAUUCACCAACAGUUACUGGACUGUCUUUUUGUAUCAAAUGAAUGACUCAAGCACAGUUCACCGACAGACUUCAUUUAAUCUCAGCUCAAUGAAUGUGUCAUUAGGUCAGGUUGAACUAUUUCCCCAGUGUUUGGGUUCGUAUUUGAUCCCCGAUUGAUUAAUGGGGAUAGCAUCUGCUUUGUCGAGCGGAAUAACGUCCAAUCCCAUUCAUUAUAGACAAGUUGAGUCAAAGCCAACUCAAACAAAUUUAAAGCUUGUAAUGGUCAAACUAAAUGAACUGUAUUUUGUAUAGAUGGUCAACAAAUUGAACCUUAUUGAUGCUCAGCCCAUUCUUCUGACUCGUUAAAUACGUAACAUUCUGUUUAUGAUGCUCCUCGCGCCCUUCUUUAUCUAAAACCUCCGUGUUGUAGGCCUACAUAUUUUUUUUUCUGUCAACACUUCAUCAUAGUUUUAAAGUUAAAGCACCCCAACAGUCAUCGCAUUCAAAGCCUGUUUUCACGGAGGUGAACACACGUUUCACAGUUUAUGAAUGUCAACACAUCCCUUCCCAAUGGCAGUUACAACAAGUUGUGUUUAAGUAAGUGUUAAGCCCUUCCUCCUUGGCUGUAUCAUCCACCCACCCCGCCCAUCACCUUCGGUACACACGGAGAAAUUUCUGUUCACAUCAGUGAUGCUAUUGAUUUUUUUCCGCCUUGAAAUUCCUCCGUACACACGACGUACACAGGACAGACUCAAAUUGGUUACUGCAACUACUAACAGUGUUAAAAGCGGUGUGUUCAUUUGUAACUACUUCGACUUCUGUGAGGUUGUUAUUGUUAUUAAAUUAUGUUAGACCUAUCAUUGUUUGACGUUUAGCUAACGACACGUUUAAAGUUCUUCUUGUCUAAAAGGAAAAUACUUGACGAAAUUUGUUUGAUAAAAAAAAUAUUGAAAACUUUAGAGGCUUCUGUGAGACAGUUUUAAAGGAUACAUCUAAAGUACCUUAUCUUAUUUUUUUUAAAAACAAAAUUCGACUAGGUUCUCCCCCCUUCCCAAAAAUGGAUUAGUGUCUUGAAAAUGUAGACUGUACUUGGAUAAUGCCGAUGGCAGGAAUACUACUUCGAGACAAUUUUAAUAAUCCUAAUAUAAACUUUGAAAUUUUCCCUCAUUAUGAAAUGUUAAAAAAUAUGUCUUUAAUACCUAUACAUAAUUAAACGAAAUAUUUACAGUUAUCAUAUUUUAAUUAUUAAAUUUAUAUAUUUUUUGUAUAAAUCAUUGAUGUAGCUAGUUAUCAAUGACAUGGAACAUUAUUACAAGCAAAUAGAUUUACGUUGCCACAUUUGAAACAUGUUCAACUGAUCUUCAGUUGAAGUUCGGAAACUGGUUGUUUUUAUUGGCAUAUUACAGUGAAUGCAUAUUUCAGGAUGUUCCUAUUUUGACGCUAACGAUUUUGUUAUCUUCAAAUGUUCACAAUGUUGACAUUUUCAGAUAUUUAUAAUAUAGACGUCUUCACUUCACAUAUUCAUACUGAUGUGUCCUCCUUCAGAUAUUUUUACUGAUGUGUCCUUCAAAUAUUCACACUGAUGAGUCUUCCUUCAUAUAUUCAAACUGAUAUUACACAACUUAUAUCUGGUGUUUGCAUAUUAUGUUUUAUUAGAUUAUUCUGGUAAAAUGAAAAGCUAACCAAUCAACUACAUCAAUUUAUUUAAUAAAUUUAACCCUAUUCUUAUGUCUGUAUCAUUACCGUUGCAUCCAUUUCAUCUUCACCCAAACUUCUCUCCCGGUGUUAUGAAUCAUGUUUUAAAAAGAUUUGAUAUGCAAUUGAAAGCAUCAGUUUUUAUUAUUUUUUUUUUAAUCUCCAGGUACAUCCAGUUGUUUUCAGGUGGAAUAAUAAUAAUAUACAGCUGUUAAUUUUAACAUCAAACGCCAUGUCAGGUGAGGGACAGAUCUAUACUUGGAAUUGUAAACAUUUCCUGUCAUAACAAUAACAUAAUUGCUCAAAUAGUUAUGCGUCCCUAAUAAGCAUGAACCUGUCAAUCAAUGCCAUUCUAAGGAUGGAAACAACAGUCACAUCUCUAAUAGAUUACAUGGAAUGUUUUUCAUUAUAUUUCUUGAACCAAAGAAACGAGUUAAAAACUGAAUACAACGAGCUUUUAGCAUUGUAGGCCACUAUAAAACAAUGCUUUCUGGGGCACCCUCUGUCAAUCUUCCAAGAGAUCUCUAAUGAACAAUAUAGAUGCAUGGCGCUCCUAGAAAUGUUUAACUAUAGGUACAUUACACAUUCUCCCUAUGCUAAAAGAUAGUGCUACAAGCAUGCAAUCCUGAAUAAAUCAUGUCUAAUUAACUAUAUUAUGUACAGCAUACUGUUACAAUAGCUCUGUUUGAUUUAUUUUUAGUUAAUCUAUUAAUACAUUACUAUACCAGGACUUGUCAAAGCAAAGAAGUAUGACUGGAAAGAUUCUAAUAUGGCGUUGUUUGGCUCAGACACAGAAAAAAAUGUCAAAAGUAAGUCUGGUUCUGAUGCAGAUUAAAUAAACACAUUCAUAGCUUUAUAAGAACAAUAACUGUGAAGCAUUAAGAUUUGUCUAGCAAUUUUCCAAACAAUAUUAUUAAAUACUCCUCAAUUUUAAUGUUUGGACUAUAGAACUAUCACUUAAAGUUUUGCAUAUCUCAACUUUCACUAUUUCAAAACAAAAACACACUACAAUUUCCCUUGUACCAUUAUAUUCUAUGGUUGCAUUCUACCAUGUGAUUCUGUUGUAUUCUAUAAUUGUAUUAUGAUUCUCCAUUCUAGGAUUACAUUCUUUUAUUGCAAUCUACUGUUACACCUGUUUACUGAAUUCAAUUUCCCUUUUAAAUUAUUUGCAUUGCCAGAUAUUUUCCAGAACACAAACAGGCAUGCAACAUCUCUUAGAUGAAGAUUUAUUCCUUUGAUUAAGAAAAGCAGUCAUAAAGAUAUAGAAAAAUUAAUUAAUUGAUUCAGUAAUAAUUGAGAGUUUACCAGAGCUGACUGCUAUUAGCAGCUACUUUGUAAUGUUUUUAGCCUACUUGGCACAUAACUUGUGUAAAACUGAACUUAAAGUAAUGUCAACUUUUGCUGAUCCACUUGUCUUUAUGUUGCUGAUGUAUAACAUCCUCUCAAAUAGUCUUGCAAGCAAAAUGUUUUUUGAUUAAUUCAGAAUGACGUCACUCCUAAGAGAAUAUUUAGUGUUUGUUAUUUUAUUGGCAAAGCAAUGAACAAUUUUGAAAUGAAGUGUUAAAUGGCAAGUCAAUAAUUUUGCUCACACACGAACCAAGCAAAAGUGUGAAGGAAAAUUUGAUUGAGAAUGUUAGAGGCUAUAACUUUUAUAUUGCUAAUUUGUGGGUUUAAAUAAGAGAGGAAUCAACCAAGACUGAGAAUGUUGGAGGCUCUAGGUGACUAUUAAAAUGUUAAUUUGUUUUUUUUGUUUAACAGAGGAAUCAGCCAAGACUGAGCCAGCCUGGAAGGUAGCUGGUAAAGAGAUUGGUGUCCAGGUCUGGAGGAUAGUGGUAUGUUGGACUUCAUGAUAGAAAUGUUGUACAGUUGAUCCAUGACUUAAAUAGCUGUAGUCUUGUCAUUCUACUGAUUUGUAGUUCUGUUUUAAGUGUAUUGACAAAGUAAGCCAAAACUACAGAACUCAACUAUUUUUUUUUAAUGUUUGGCACUUAUUAAUAACACAGCAUGUCAACAUUAAAUUUAAUUUAAGGCCUUUGAAUAUAAGAGAAGAUUUAAAUUUAAUCUUGAUUAAUUUGUGUUGUAGAGAUAGAAGGGGAUUUGGAGAGGGUGGGGCCAGGGGCUGACUUACCACCAUGUUGAAAAAUAUAGAUUUACUUUUAACCGCCACCUAGGUUGUCUGCAUAGACCUAUAUGAAAAAGAUAAUAAGUGUUUUUCGAAAAUCCUUUAAGAUGAGGUGUGGGAGACUUAAAAUUAUCAGUUGAUAAAUAAACUAAAAGGAUACCCUUAGAUACACUCUUAUAUUAUGCUUUUCUGCUUAUAGUCUCAAUUCCUGCUCCGGCAACCACACAACAUUAUUUUACAUUAACACAAUUUUCAUUGAUUUUUUUUUCUUAACUAAUUAGUACACAAAAACUUUUAACAGGGUAUUUACUACUAUUUUUCUAGUUAUUAAAAACUCUUUUUCCUAGAAAUUCAAAGUACAAGCGUGGCCCAAAGAUGAUUAUGGCAAAUUUUAUGAAGGGGAUUCUUACAUAAUUCUUAAUGUAAGUAAAACACUGAUUUAUUCUCAUCACUUGUUAUGUAUGAAAAAUAAAGGAAACAUUUAAAUUCUUCCAGCAUCAUUUUUAAAAAAAAAUAUGGGGAGGACUGCAUUCAGUUUGAAGCAAUAAGAACUAUAAAAAAGGGUAUAUUUCUUACAGAAUCAUUUUGAAAUAUUGCUUUUCAUCAUUUAAAUCAACAAACAUUUUCUUACAUAUUUUACAGGAUUUCCAAUUUCCUAAAUAUCCUCUUUCUAGUAUUAUGUACAAUAUUAUGUUUUUACAGUAACACACAUGAUAUCAGAUAUUUUAGAGUAUUUCUAUUAGUUAUAUAAUUAUUUUGUAUUAUUAUGUUUAGACUUUGUGGUCUUGAUUUGCAUGUGAGUAGAGUUUGACUUGUACAAAAAUUUGGAUUUUAACAUAGAUGUUUAUGUGCAUGAACCACUAAAGAACAAAUGGAGAAAAACUAACUUUCAUUGCAUUUUAUUAUGUGAUGGUAAUUUUUCUUUUCAUAGUUUGUUAUUUAAUGUAGAAUUUUUCCCAUUGUUGUCUUUCACUUUUGGGAGCUACAAAAUGAAGAAUUGGCCUAUUAUACUUCUACACUAUUACAAACUCUUUCAUUUUACUAAUGUUUAAACAACUUCAUGACAUCUGCUAGACCUAUUACGACCUGGAACAGAGUGUAAGUUUAACACAAAUCCCAUCAUUCUCAUUGUGUCAUUCUUAUAAGAAGCAGUGGUUCUCAAUUAUUAAAUAAAAAAACACAUUAAAAAUUUCAAUUCUAGGAUUGUAUCUAGACUCCAAAACUAAAUAUAUAUAUUUCUGAAAAAAAUUUUCUUAUUAUAUUUAUUAAUUUAAGUGCCUUUUUUAAUUUUAAAAUCAAAAACAUUUUAUUGGCUUGAGUAAGGCAUAUUUUUGGGAACCUCUGCCUUAGGUUAGGAUCCUAGUCAACAGAGAAACAGCUGCAGGUUUCAGCCAAGGAAAUAUGUUGUAGGAUAACCAAUAACUAUAACAAAAUAGUCUAAUCAAUGUCAUGCACAAUGUUGUAAAUACUACAUCUCCUGAAUUGUUGAUAGUUAAUUUUAGUUAUAGAUAGAAAUGUUUAUGUUAUUCUGUCAUCCCCUUGUCAUAACAUGUCCAUGAAGCAUUGGACUUAGCCUCAGGUACAUAGUGACAUCAGUAGUUGACUAGUUUAGUAUGGAAAGGCUGCUGUUGUUGCUGUUUGUUAAAGUUUGAGAUUAUAUGACAUCUAAUGAAAUCUUGUGUUAGAGUAAAUGCCCAUCAUAGCAGUGACCAAAUUUGUUUGAAGUUAUCCCUUCUUUAGUGUAUGCAAAUUUAGCUUUGAUAACUAUCAUAGUUAAUAUUCUCCAUGACAUGGACUUUUCUUGUAAAGAUGUUAGGUGCCAGGGAAUUUUGCUGGUGUUUUAAAGCAAUGAAUAGAUUUAGAGCAAUGCUGUUAUAAGCGAGGUGUUUGAAACAAAAAAAUCAGUGAGUGUGAAAAAUUCAGAGGCUUGCAGAUUUGACAUACGUACUACACAAAGUUCAUGCCCUAAUUUGAAUUGUAGAGUUUGGAAUAUACAUUAGACAGACCUUUAUCCCUUCUCUUUGCAAAAUCAGUUCAACGUACCUCAUUUAUCUACCACCUCCCCCCCCCCACCAACAUAUUCACUGGAAUCAAUGACACCAGUAACAUAGCUGCACUAGAUUGUUACUACUUACGUAUCUUAUUAUUUGUCCUAUUGUUCACCUCAGUGUUCACAAGUCUGUCACGUCACGAACCCAACAAAUCCCUCACCAGUCCCCUACAUAUUAUAUAUAAUCCUAUUAAACCCAGACUUCCUUUUUUAACAAAUUAAUUUUGUUCUCGAUCAUCCAAAUCCUGGUAUUGACCAGCCAGCCAUUAUUUAUCACUAUUCUACUAUAUUAUAUUAUUAUUAUUAUUAUUAUUAUACCUGGUUUUCUAUAGCGCGGUACCUCAGCCUAGGACUGGGCUCACCACGCUGUACAUACACUUAAACAAACAUAAUAGAAAUCUGAAAUAAUUAAUUGACAUACAUUAAUUAAAUAAAACAAAACAAAUGUAUAUAUAAAACUAUUUACAUCUCAAGCCAUGGACGACACUCAGUAGCGUUGUUUUACGGUCAGAGGUGGGAAUCAGUCAGGAUAGUUAUAACAUUAACCCUUCAGCAACAUGAAUAAACAUUUCUGUAGAAGGUGUGCAAAUUUUGCAAGCUGUUUACUACAAUGGCUCUCGAAUACCUUGGAUAAUUUGACACUGCUUAGUCAAAAGUUCUCCAUAGAUAAUAAUAGAAACAGUUUGCUAUGAUGGUUCACAACAAUUAUUGUUCUCCAAUGACUAUGAUUUCGACCCUUGAAACAUGCAUAUUUCUUAAUUUUUAGCCAAUCACCUCUUUAUAAAUAAACUUAUUUGGAACAAGAAUCUUAGCAUUUUUUAAUAUUUUUUUUUGAGGGGAUAAAAGCGAAUCAGCUUUACUAUGCUUUGAAUAUGACCCCCAUUGCUGUGUACUUGUAAAAACUCUAAGUUGAGAGAUGAUGAAUCUGGCUUAUUUAAUUAUGGAUGACAAAUUGAAAUCGGGGAUUAAGCGAGUAAAAAAUACAUGUAUAUGUACAUUGCACAAAAAGGGCAAAAUAAGACUUGCAGUUAUUGUUGAAUAAAUUGAAUCUUUCAAAAUUAUAUUUUCCAAUCAUUUUCACGCAAUGACUGUCUCAGCUUGUAUCUUCAAUGUUAUGUAAUGUGUGUACAAUUAGUAAUAUAUGCCUAUGUGGCAUGUCUGCUUAUCAUUUAAGAAAGAAGAGUCAAAUGAAUUUCAACUCAUUAUUUUGUAUAUUUAUGUCAAAUACACGUGAAACCCAGUAAUGUUUGAAGUAUACUACAAAAAUGUUUAAAUAUUCCAAGCAAUUGUUAUUGAGCUACAUUAAAUACUUUGAGAUGUAUAAUUAAUUCUAACAGAUCUUUGUCAUGACAUGUGUCAAGUUUAAUUAUGAAUAUUUAGUCAUGACCUGAUCUUGUUAUACAUUGGGCAACCAACUAAUGCAUUGAUGUUCCUUUUGAAAAAAAGUAAAUUUAAUCUAACAAUUUUUUUUAUCAGACGUACAAAGAACAAGAUGGAGAUCAGUUGCUCUAUGAUGUUCACUUCUGGAUUGGAAAAUACAGCACUCAGGUAAAUAUAGAAUACACAUCAUAUACACAUCACUCUCCAAUAGUCAGGUUUACUAAGGCAACACAAGUUAAAGGUUAUGAAACCACUGGUCAGUAACUACACAUACUGGGUAAAUCGUUCUUUGUUAGUGGUGAUGUUUUAUCACUAACUGAUAAGGGGGUGGGGGGAUUCAUGUAAGAGGAAAAAAUGGAAAUGACACUGUCUGUCUUCUCUUGGAAAUUGAAAUCAAAUCCUCUAGUAUGUAAUGAUGCUUAUUUUGACCACAUGACCGUCCAGGCACCAAAACAAAAUAUAAAUUUUAAUAAUUUAAACUAAGAAAAAAAGUAUAGGCCUAGUAAAAUUUAUUUUUUUAAUAACCACUGGAUUUGAUUUGCUAAAAAAUGUGAAGAAUUAUUGAGCUAUUAGUGAAAUUGUAAUUAUUGGGAUCAAUAUUUUAUUCAACAAUAUUCUAACAGUUUUGUAUUAGCACUAUUCAUUGUGAACUAUUGAAUCAAACAUCAAAACCAUGACCUAAACACAGAAUUUACCAGGUACAAGGUCUAGGGGAGGAAUGGGGUUGGCUUCCACCAAUCAGGAAAGGAAGGAUAGAUGCCCCUGAGUCAUCCCCCUCCCAUUUUCACCCAUGACUCCACCUAUUAAUUAUACAUUAGACUUGGGAUUCUUGGCAAUGUAAAAAAUGUCCCACCUUUAAGAGUGCCAAAUAUUAGUGUAUGAUGGCUCUAGGCUAAUGAAAUCAAAUGUUAUUAUAUCACUUGAGGGAGGAGGUGUGACUGAUGGGGGAGUAAUCCUAUAGAAAGAUUACACAUUUUCUCAAACAUGGUCCAUUAUUUUUCUAGUACAGUUAGUUGAAUUGUGAUAAAUGGGGCAGCUAAGGGAGUCAACCCAUUGUGCAGAAGUUAAAGAUAUUCAAAAAAUAUAUCCUAGAAAUAUUUCUUUUUUGUUAACAUGAUUUAAAUUGUCCUAUUCUAGCUUUAAUUUAACAAAACGGAUCAUUAAAAAUUAAGUUUUUAUAUUUCUUUCAAGUGCUGAAUUUUAAAAUAUGAGAUAUUUGAUUUGUGAUAUGUGACAGGUGUAAAAAUAUAUUUUCCAUGUGUUAAUUUGUACAUGAUAUGUGAUAAAUUUUAAUGAAUGUGAUAUGUUACUGGUUGAAAAGUGAUAUGCAAUAUAUCAUGAUUUAUGCUGAAGGCUGAAAUACUAAAUAAAUUCCAAAGUAUAUUGAAUAAAUAAACCAAUUCUUUUUAAAUUUAAAUAUUUCUUUUGUUUUAUCCAACUGAUUUAACUUCUUAAAUGACACUACAUUGAAGGAUGAAUAUGGUACAGCUGCAUAUAAAACUGUAGAGCUGGACACAUUUUUGAAUGAUGUACCGAUACAACACAGAGAAGUACAGGGUCAUGAGUCAGAGCUCUUCAAAUCUUAUUUCAAAAGCAUCUCGUGAGUUUUUUAGGAAUGCUUGUCAUUUAUUUAAUAAAAUUGUGUAGUUAACAUUUGUAUAGUUAAAGUAAAUUUAAUUAAGUAUCUUCGAAAAAGUAAUUUUAAACUUUAGCCUCAAUUAUUCGGUAUCUCAAGUGCAUCUAUAGCUUUAGAUCUCUUUGGGAAGGGUAUAAAAAUAUCUUUAUAGUUAAUAAUAAUGUUAACUAAGUGCAAAUUCAUAUGAUGAAAAAAAAUUUCAAGGCUCCUUAAGUUUUGAGGGUUUGGGUAAUACUGCACUUCAGCAGGCACAAAGAAGUAGCAUGGUAAAACAUUGAUCUAUAGGUGAAGGGGAUUUUCCCCCUGAUAAAUUAAUGCAUUUAGUGCAAUAAAGCCUUUAAUAUUAAUUUAGACCUGAAAACAAAUUAAAAAUGUUAAAUAUAUAAAUAUAAAAUACAGCAACUUAAACCUAGUUUUAACAAUAUCAUUAUAAUUAAUUGUUAUAGAUAUAAAGAUUAAAGAUAAAUUCUGUUUUACUAUAUCUGGGCAAUAGCCUAUUUAUGUAUUUAUAUAUACAUUUUGUGUGUAUGUAUAAAUGUUGCAGAAGCAAACAUAUUCAAUUCUUUAAAUAUCAAUUGUAUAUCUCCUCUAGAAUAUUAAAGGGGGGUGCUGAUACUGGAUUUAGACAUGUGAAACCUGAAGAAUACAAGUCAAGGUUGUUACAAGUUACAGGUUCCAAGAACUCAGUCACAGUCACAGAGGUACUUAUAACGUAGAUUGAAUUUUUAUCAAAUAAAAACAAUUUGGGACAAAUUAGCAAAUUUACAAGAAAAUAUAAAUAUCUCAUAUACAGGGUGGGCCAAUAAAAGUGAGAAUAUCUCGUAAAAUAUUAGGCUAUGAGAUGUUCUCACUUUUAUUGGCCCACCCUGUAGUUUAUGUUGUAUAACUUACAUAUUAGUCAUAUCCACUAGCAGAAGUGCUUUUGGUAGCACAAAAAUGAAUAUUUUUUUUUUAUCUAGGUGCCAAUGAAAAGAGAAAAGGUGACAUCAAAUGAUGUUUUCAUCCUAGAUAAAGGCCUAGAAAUCUUCCAGUGGAAUGGCAAAUCUUGUAACAAGGAUGAAAAAUAUAAGGUAAAAAUCUGUGAAUAUGAUAACCUAUUUAAGAAAGUUAAACACACUUCACCUUAGCAUCAUCCAAACAUCUGCCUUAGGACCUAAUUUUGAAUUGUUAUUAAGUAUUGUUUUUAUUGUUAAGACCUUGAUUUGAAUAUUUAUAUAUUUAUAGUUCUAAAGGCAAAAAAAUGUGACCACGUCACACCACUACUUUGUUCACGUCACACCACUACUUGUUCACUUCAUUGGCUCCUUGUAAAAGCCCAGAUUGACUACAAACUCUCUGUUCUCUCCCACAACUUUUUCUCCAAUUCCUGCCAUUUCUAUCUUACCAAACUUCUUUCUGUCUAUUCACCCCUUCGACAGCUUCGCUCCUCCGCAGACGCACAUAUUCUUUCUAUGCCCAAGACUCGAACAAAAACAUAUGGUGAACAACCUUUCUCUUUCCUUGCCCCUAAACAAUUGAAUUCUCUUCCAUUACAUAUCCGCAAUAUACUGACCAUCACAGCCUUCAAAACUGCACUCAAAACACAUCUCUUUAAACUCUACUAUCCUGACUGAUUCCCCCCUCUGACCGAUAAAUGAUUCUACUGGGUGCCGACCAUGGCUUGAAUAUUUCUGGAAUGGGUGGAGUAAAUAUACAUUUGUUUUGUUUUAUUUAAUUAACUAUGUGGCUAUUGGCACCCGAGUAUCAGAAGUGAGAGGUUGGGAUUAAAAAACUAUUUAAAUUAUUAUUGUUGGGUUUGUAAGACAAAAUUAGGUAUCAAAUGAAAGAUAAUUGAAUAGACUAUUUGUUUAUAAAUUUACUUCUUCAGUUUAACUAAAAUAAACUACCACAAAUGACAUCCAAAUGGGAUUUAUUCUAAAGGGACCCAGGUACUCAUAGCCAUUAUUUGGAUCCGGGUCUCUUUAGACCAGGGGUCUCAAACUCAAAUCAUCCGGGGGCCGCAGGAUGUAGAGUCUGAGUGAGACUGGGCCGCAUGAAGUAUGCCACAAAAAAGCAAUUAAAAAUUAAUUACAAAUAAAAGCAUUAAGGGCUCUCAAGAACUAGGCUUCACUUUCUUUCUCCUACUCCUUGUUGCCAGGGACCUGGCAGCGCUUCUUCUUACACAGCUUAGCAACAUUUGGCUUGAGGGAGGAAGCAUUAAAAAUUAUAAUAUGGCUUUUAAAAUUGUUUUAAUUCUUGUAAAAUCUUUAUGAGAACAGGCAGUUCAAGUACUUCAACAGAUCAAGUCUGAAAGGGGAGGCAAACCUAAUGUUGAAACAUUUGAUGAAGAUGACAAUGGAGUAUGCUACCCUUUUUAAAAUAAUGAUUAAUACCUUUAUAAUUUGUAGACAAUAUUGGAUGUAUUUUUUUUAAUGUCGUAGAGACUAUAUAGUUUAGAAAACACACAUAUGACUCCUUAUACCUUACAAUUAUCAUAACCAUUAAUAUAAAUGAUUUGAUGUCACUGUUUGACAUGAAUUAGAAAAAAAUGUAAAACUUCAUUAGAACAUAAUAUAUUUGCAAAAAGUUUUUUUUAAAUACUGAUAAAUUAAUUGAUAUUAUUUGGUGUAGAAUUUUUUUAAAGUUGUAUUUAGGCUUACAAUCAAUAGAUUUUUUUUUUUUAAAGAAUGGUUUCUUUGAUCAAUUCAUUGAUGAUGAUGAUGAUGAUGAUAACGACGAUUCUGAUUUUGAGGAUGACAACAAGACACCAGAGCUUUACAAGUAAGUUUUUCAAUGGUCACCAAAGUUUACCAAUCUAAUAAUUAGUGGAUUGAAAUGUUGUUUGUAGAAAAUGUCAUUCUAGCUAAUAAACCUUGUUUUGCUUGGGUUUUUAUUUGGAAAAAGACUUCUUAAGAGUUAUUAGCAUACACAUAAAUUUAGGUUAGGGCCCUGUCAAAAAAACUUCAUUAGAGUACAGGUGAAAUUUUUAAUAAAAAUUCUCCUUUGAACAGCCAGAAUAACUCUUGUAAACUUUAAAUUUGGGGCAAAUCCCAUUUCAGUUGAUAUUCAAGCUGAGUACAGCCAAGAGCCAUGAUUUAAAGACAAAUCUAACAUUAAAAAAUGUCUUAAUAAAAAUAAAAUAUUUUCACCAAUGUCAAAUCAAUCAAAAUAAAAUACAAUCCUCAUUCAAAUGUGGUCAUUUUAGUUAUCCCUAAGAUAGAGGCCCUACAAAUAUCAUUCAGCUAAAUUGAAUUUUCAAAUUUAUCCCAUUACAAACUGAAGCAAUUUGCAGAGUUAUUGCCUUUAAAAAAUUUUACUUUUGGGGCUCCCAAGCUAAAAGAACUAAUUAUUCUUUAAUAUUUUACAGCAGUGAGUAUUUUAGGUUGGAUAACAUACAAACUUUAUUUUAAAAAUUGUCCCAUUAAAAUUGGUUUAAAAAUGCAAAAGUUAAAGUGUUUUAUUUAAACUAAAUUGGGCAUCCCUUGCACAAAAAUAUGUGGAUAUGAUUAGUUUGAAAUCACAGAUAUUUUAAAAGGCAUGAAAUGUAUGUUUAUCAAUUUUGGCCAAGGUGCAGCAAUUUGUGUAGAAGCUUGCAUUGUAACAUACGCCUUUUAUAUAGCUUUGGCUAAUUAAAGAAAAAUACAUUAUAGAACCCUCCAUACUCAUUUGGAACUUCAAAGAUGUCUUUAAAACUAUUUACUAAAUUUUGAGGAAAUUCAUAUAUAUUUAUAGAAACAUAAGAAACAUAAAAAGUACAUUUACAUAAUAUGAAACCCCUUUUAAAAAAACAGUGAUGAACAUUUUGAGUUAAAAACCCUAUGUUUUUUUUUAAAAUAAAUUUUCACGUGCCUUUGUACCCAGUUUGGUCUAGAUCUAUCCAUUAUUUGGAAAUUUAUUUAUAAAGUUUGCAUAAAAAAAAAAUAAUUUUUCCCCCACCCAUGAAUGGGAUAUUUAAAAAAAAUUCAAACCCAUCAACAUUUUCUUCUGCAUAAUGGCUUGAAACAACUAUGUAUCCAAAGUUUGAUCAAGACCCAUUAAUCCAUGUAGAAUUAUAUGUGUUACAAACAGACAUAUUUUCUUAUGUAUAUAUUAGAUGCAUAUUAUGCCAGAAAGAUACAUGGAUGACUAUUUGAAAUCUUAUCAGGCAUUUUCUUUAAGGCAUAAAAUUAAUUAAAAAUCAGCAUUAAGAAAUACAUGUAUGACAUUUUAUAGUUUUUCAUUAUUUGAUUUCUUGGGUCGUUUUUAUUUGUAACAUUCCCUUAUCAUAAACUGAUGCCAAUAAAAAAUCUAGAUGGAAACUUAUUGUGUGUGACAUUGAAGAAGCUUACUAUAAAUAUACAACUUGAAAAAUUUGCUAUUAAAAAAGGUAAAUCUACUAUGGAUUGAAAUUAUUACAUGUGUAAAAUAAUUGUGCCUUUGAGACACUGUUAUUCUCAUCAAAUGCACUUUCCCAUUCAGUGAUGUAGUUUUACUAGAUGCUGAUUUGGGGCUAAAUCACAAACUUGUGAUUCCCGUGCAUUUCUACUCAUCUACUAUGUAAAUUAGUGAUACAAAUUUUGAAAGAAGCCUCAUGACUAAGACCAUAGUUAUGCCAAAGCACUCUUAAUAUAUGCCCCUUAACUAUUUAAAAAAUUUUAAUGUAAUAUUCAACCCCCCUUAAACCACGCAAUUAAUUGUAGUUUCUUAAAAUGGUACAACACCUAUUUUCAUAUAUUUGAUAUAUGAUUGCAUUAAACAGCUUAUCUUUUGUCAAAAAACUUUCUUGAAAGUACAUUGAAUAAAGCGUUACUUGUUUUUCUUGUGAAUGAUUGACCCAUUUACAAACAUUGUCACACUGACUUUAUCUACGAAAUAAACAAGAUACUUUAAUGUUUAUAUUAAAAGGUUAAGUGAUGAAAGUGGAGAACUGGAUUUCCAGAAAACUAAAGAAGGGAGGGUCUUUAAAAAUGACUUUAACAGCAAGGUAAAAAAAAAUGUGUUUGAUAUAAAGUUAUGUAUCAUUUAUAACUUCUGUACAUUUCAUUAUGUUUUAUAGAUAUAUUAGUGAGCUUGGUUAUUUUAAUUAGCACAAAUCAAAAUUUUAACUGUUGUAUGAAAUUGAAAAAAUACCUAAGUAGAUAUAAAUUUUGUAAAUAGUCUAAUAUUUAUUAGAGGGCAUUGAUGAUCAAAAGUCAAAUUAUAUAAUUGUGUGGCUGCAAUAAGCUAAAAAUGGGUUCAGAAGUUUUAGGUUUCAUAUAUUUUAAGCAUAUUUUUCUUGGUUUUUUUAGGAUGUGUUCAUCUUUGAUAACAAAAAGGAAUGUUUUGUUUGGAUUGGUAAAGGAGCUUCUAAGACGGAAAAGCAAAAUGCAUUGUCUUAUGCCCAUGUAAGUAAAAGCUAAACAGCAAAAUGGAAUUACCAUGAAUUCGGUGAUUCAUAUUAUCUUCUUAAUGAUUUUCUUUGUUUUACUGGCGUUAUAUAUAUGUAUAUAGCUUUUAUAUUAAACACCGUAGAAAAUGUAAAGAAAAUUAAAAGGUAUUCAGUUUUGUAUAUUUUAUAAAGUGUUUUAGAAAAGUCUGAAACAUCUAAAUUAUUUUAAGUGUUUUUAAUAUUCAUUCAUAGUAAUUUAAAAUGAUGACAAGGCAUUCUAUUUUUUUGCCUAAACCUGAAUUCUUUUAAAAAGAUAUAAAAGGAAAUUUAGUUAACUAAACCUUUUCUUAAAGAAAGAUUAAGAGUUUUAGUUAGUUUGUUUUUUUUAGAUUUUAGUUUGUAGUUAACAUGUUACAUAAUUUAUUUCAGAAAUUUCUUCAAGUUUCCACCCAUCCACUUAUCCCUAUCACAGUUGUCUCUGAAGGUCAAGAAAACAAGAGUUUCAGAGCUGCCAUAGCUGCCUAAGUCCAUUGUUCCAAAUAUCCUUUACUUGCUAUAGCAAUCCUUAUCAUAAAUGAUUUUCAACAAUUUGAUGGGGUUCUUCAAAUUUUGGAAAGUUUUGGAAUGUAUCUCUAAUCUUUAUUUUAAAAAUAAAACAACGCUUGAAAAAAAAAAGGUUGGAAACAUCUAAAAAAAUUAUUUUACUUUUUAAUUGUUUUUUAUAUAGAAUGACGAUAGCUUGUUUGACUGUAUGACUCAAUGUUGUAGUUAAUCUUUUCAUGCCAAACCACUUAAGGCACCAAAGUGUUUGUUGAUUGUAGAAAUAGAAAUGAGGAACAAAUCUUUCAUGCGUAUGAAAAAGUUCAUGGAGAAGGGCUGUGGAUGCUACUUUGUACAUGAGUAGAGGCUAUUUAAAGAAAACCAUCUUAAACUGCAUUUCUUGUUGUUGUUUUUCUUGUCAGUUAAGAGAUUAAAAGGGACGUAAUGUUAUUAAAUUCAAAUAUAAGCUGGACACUAAAUUUUUAACUGCUGCAAUAAAUUUUAAUUUUGUUUAACAAAGAAGCUCUUGAUUCCAAUUUCUGAUAAAUUUGAGUUUUUAUAGUGAGUUAAGAUAAAGUAUACUAUUAAAAGGACACUAUAUAUUAAAUUUUUGAAUGGCAUGUCGAUAUAAGCCACCAAAUACUUGCUAUUUGUUUGGACAAUGUUCCUUUAUCACAUUUGAGUGAACAUUUUUAUUACAGGUAUUUAUGAUUUUCCUAUCUUUAUAAUUUUAUAUUUUUCAAUUUACUAUGCAUAACAGGAGAGAUCUUUUACUUGUAAUCAUUUUAAAUUUAAUAAUAAGAACUAGAAAAGAUAUAACAUACGCACAUGCACUUAAAAGGAAAUUGGUUUUUAAAAAAAUUUAAAUAAAACAUUAUAUGGGGGUCUAUUUCUGAAAAAAAUUUAUACACAGAUAUUUGUAACAAAAUUUAUUUUGGUUUUAAAUUACUAGAUGCAUUUUAAAAGAUCAGUAAAAAAACUUUAGCCAUGAUUAAAUUAAUUGCUUGUUAUGUAGUAACCUUGCUAUCUAAUAUCUUAUCAAUUAAGGAUGAAUGUUUUGGUAAUUUUAUGUUACCUGAGCAUGGUAAUAUAUUUUUUCAAUAAAUGGGAUGUCAUUACAAUAUAUAAAAUAGGCAAAGAUUGUUUAUAAUAUUUUUUCAUUAUUUCCUCUUUAUACUGAUCCAUAUCAUUAUAAAAGAUCUGUCUCUUACACAUCUAUAUUUAUAUUUAUUUACAAAAAUAUAAUGAAGUAAGUAUUUCUAAUUUGUGAUAAGUUAAUAAGUAAUCAUCAGCAAUGUUUUUCCCUUUUGAUAUAUAUUGACAAAUUUCUUAAUUAACAAAUUGUAUUUUAAAAUAAAUAUUCUCUCUUACAAAUUUGGGAAUCCUUUGGGUAAUUAUGUAGUUUUAAGAAUUAAGCCUACUGUCUCAAAAAAUGUUACCUUCUUUACAUGUUUGUUAGCAAAUAUUUUUUUUACUGUGAUUCAUUGAAUUUUAACUGCACUAACUCAUUGCAAUGAUUUGUUGGUUGUGUGAUAAAUGAUAACAAUCUGUGACAAUGACAAAUAGUACACAAUAUGAAGACUUACUGAAAUAUUAAAAAUAAUUUACUGCUGACAUAUUUACCUAAACAUGCAUACCUACAAAGUCCAUAGUUAAAAAAAAAAACACUUUUUAUUUUGUUUAAAUUUAAAUGACAGAAUUCAUAAAUAAAGUAACUAAAAAUAUAUCUUACAUAAUGUUUAGCAUAGGUUGUGUUUGGAUGAUAUUUGUGCAGCUUCAUUCUUUCUUUCAUAUGUCAAAUUUAUUGUUAAGAUACAUAAUAAAUAAACAAUUUUUUGGCAUUUGUUUUGUUCUUGUUUUAGUCUGCCAAUAUUAUUUAUAGAUUAUAUCAAAAUAAUCUGUUUAAGAGAUGACUGAGAUAAGAUUUUUUUUUUAAAGUUUAU